AUGGGUAAAGAUCUAGAUCCAAUGGAUCUGAAAGAAACUGGCAGUUGGCCACCCCAAGCCUCUUCGGGCGAUGCAAUAACCACCGUACCCAAUGAAAACGACCGAGGUGCUGAUAAAAAAGAUAAGGAUGAGUCGUCGCUGACCGGUAGCCGAAUCUCAUCCAGUAGCGAUGACUCUUCAACCGAAGGUCAUCGUAUCACAUCAAGGGUACCAAGUCAUGUUAGCGAGAGUCGAUCCGCUCAAAAUGAGGAGGACCUCUUCCGCGUGCUGUCUCGACGCCGGACAACUGGCAGUCUCGGUCCUGGCACAGAAGGAGUGGAAGACUCGGCAGAGAUAGAACGGCUCAUGUCACGCAUGUUCGGUCAUGCUAGACAAGAACAUGACCCUGAAGCGCGCCUGCGACACAGCGGCGUCAUCUUUCGCGAUCUAACUGUCAAAGGCGUCGGACUUGGUGCCAGUCUUCAGCCAACUGUCGGCGACAUAUUCUUGGGGCUUCCUAGAAAAAUUAGGAAUCUUAUAAAGGGCGGCCGCAAGGUUGCUCAAGCCAAGCCACCUGUAAGAGAGCUGAUUAGCCAUUUCGACGGCUGUGUCCGACCCGGUGAGCUUCUGCUCGUUUUGGGGCGUCCCGGAUCUGGAUGUUCGACGUUCCUCAAAGCAUUUUGCAACCAGCGGUAUGGCUUUGAGGCUGUGGAAGGAGACGUCAAGUAUGGUGGGACCGACGCUAAAGAGAUAGCCAAGCACUUUCGCGGCGAAGUCAUUUACAACCCUGAAGACGACUUACACUAUGCAACUCUGACGGUGAAAAGAACUCUGUCUUUUGCCCUUCAGACGCGCACACCGGGGAAAGAGGCUCGGCUCGAGGGAGAGAGCCGCUCAUCGUACAUCAAAGAAUUCCUUCGUGUCGUCACGAAACUCUUCUGGAUAGAACAUACCCUUGGAACCAAAGUUGGCAACGAAUUCAUCCGUGGCGUCUCUGGUGGUGAGAGAAAGCGUGUUAGUAUCGCAGAAGCUAUGAUCACCCGUGCCUCGGUGCAAGGCUGGGAUAAUUCGAGUAGAGGUUUAGAUGCGAGUACAGCACUGGAAUAUGUUAGGGCAAUCCGAGCAAUGACAAACAUGGGUAAAAUCUCAACCUCGGUGUCGUUAUACCAGGCCGGAGAGUCGUUAUACGAGCUAGUAGACAAGGUGCUACUCAUCGACGGCGGCAAGUGCCUCUAUUUUGGUCCCUCAGAAAAGGCGAAGAAAUAUUUCCUGGAUCUAGGCUUCGACUGUCCCGAGCGAUGGACGACGGCUGAUUUCUUGACAUCAGUCAGCGACCAGCACGAACGAAGUAUUCGCCCUGGCUGGGAGCAGCGUAUCCCUCGAUCGCCUGAUGAGUUUUUCAGCGCUUACCGGGAGAGUGACAUUUAUAGAGAGAAUAUCGCAGAUAUAGCUGCCUUUGAGAAAGAGGUUCGCGCCCAAGUUGAAGAGCGGGAGGCGGCACAGCUCAAGAAAAUGGAACACAACUAUACCCUACCCUUCCAUCAGCAGGUUAUUGCCUGCACAAAACGCCAGUUUCUCAUCAUGAUAGGAGAUUCUGCAUCGCUCUUCGGUAAAUGGGGCGGUCUAUUAUUCCAGGGCCUCAUCGUGGGCAGCCUGUUCUUCAACCUCCCCGAGACUGCAGUUGGGGCGUUUCCAAGAGGAGGAACGCUGUUCUUUUUGUUGCUCUUCAAUGCCUUGCUUGCGUUGGCAGAAAUGACAGCAGCCUUCACCUCCAAGCCCAUCAUGCUCAAACAUAAAUCGUUCUCAUUCUAUCGGCCAGCGGCAUACGCAGUAGCGCAGACUGUCGUCGAUGUUCCGCUUGUGUUCAUACAGAUCGUCCUGUUCAACACCAUCAUAUACUUUAUGGCGCAUCUAUCUCGAACAGCAUCGCAGUAUUUCAUCGCCACUCUCAUAUUAUGGCUUGUUACAAUGGUUACAUACGCAUUCUUCAGGUGCCUGGCAGCCUGGUGCCCGACUCUCGAUGAGGCGACACGGGUGACUGGAGUUGCAGUGCAAAUUCUGAUUGUGUACACGGGAUACUUGAUCCCUCCCUCUCAAAUGCAUCCUUGGUUUUCCUGGCUUCGAUGGAUAAACUGGAUCUUUUACGGAUUCGAGUGCCUCAUGUCGAAUGAAUUCACGGGUCUGCAACUGGAGUGCGUCAGUCCGUAUCUGGUACCUCAAGGGCCUGGAACAUCACCACAAUUUCAGUCUUGCACUCUAGCAGGUAGCCAACCGGGUCAGACGGUUGUUGAUGGCGCAGCUUACAUUCAAGCUGCCUUUCAGUAUUCUAGAGUGCAUCUGUGGCGCAACUUUGGGUUUCUUUGGGCCUUUUUUAUCUUCUUCGUCUUCAUGACAGCGUUUGGGAUGGAGAUUAUGAAGCCGAAUGCUGGAGGUGGAGCAAUCACCAUGUUCAAGAGAGGCCAAGUACCAAAGGCUGUGGAGACAUCUAUAGAGACUGGCGGCAGGGGUCAGGAGAAGAAGAAGAAAGAUGAGGAGUCUGGGGUUGUAUCUCACAUCACUCCAGCCAUGAUUGAAGAGAAAGACCUUGAGCAGAGUGAUUCAACUGGCGACAGUCCCAAAAUCGCAAAAAACGAAACUGUAUUCACAUUUCGCAAUAUCAACUACACCAUUCCGUACCAAAAAGGCGAAAAGAAGCUUCUUCAAGAUGUGCAGGGAUUUGUCCGACCUGGGAAACUCACUGCUCUUAUGGGCGCAUCAGGUGCGGGAAAGACAACGCUACUCAACGCUUUGGCACAACGCCUCCGGUUCGGAACGAUCAAUGGCGAGUUUCUUGUUGACGGCCGCCCUCUACCCAAGUCCUUCCAGAGAGCUACAGGGUUCGCUGAGCAAAUGGACAUUCACGAACCCACGUCAACCGUGCGCGAAGCCCUGCAGUUUUCUGCUCUCUUGAGACAGCCACACGAGGUCCCCAAGGCGGAGAAGCUCGCGUAUUGCGAAACCAUCAUCGACCUCCUUGAGAUGAAAGAUAUUGCUGGUGCUACCAUUGGCAAGAUUGGCCAGGGCCUAAACCAGGAGCAACGAAAGCGGUUGACCAUCGGGGUUGAGCUGGCAUCUAAACCGGAACUGCUCAUGUUCCUCGACGAGCCAACCUCUGGUCUUGACUCUGGAGCAGCGUUCAACAUUGUACGCUUCUUGCGAAAGCUAGCUGAUGCCGGCCAGGCAGUCCUGUGCACCAUUCACCAACCCUCAGCGGUGCUUUUUGAACACUUUGACGAGCUCCUGCUGCUCAAGUCAGGAGGACGGGUAGUGUAUCAUGGAGCCCUAGGAAAGGACAGCCAGCCUUUGAUCAGAUAUUUCGAGUCCAACGGUGCUCAUAAAUGCCCUCCCAACGCCAACCCUGCUGAGUAUAUGUUGGAUGCCAUUGGCGCAGGCGAUCCCAACUACCGUGGCCAGGACUGGGGCGAUGUAUGGGCGUCGUCGCCAGAACACGAAGAGCGCUCCCGUGAGAUUCAAUCCAUGAUCUCGGCACGGCAGCAGGUCGAGCCGUCCAAGAGCCUCAAAGACGACCGCGAGUACGCCGCACCGCUGUCACUACAGACAGCUUUGGUAGUCAAACGAGCCUUUGUCUCGUAUUGGCGAUCACCAAACUACAUCGUGGGCAAGUUCAUGCUGCACAUCCUGACUGGAUUGUUCAAUUGCUUCACCUUCUGGCGCCUUGGCUACUCCACGAUCGCGUAUCAGAGCCGACUCUUCUCCAUCUUUAUGACGCUCACCAUCUCGCCGCCCCUGAUCCAGCAGUUGCAGCCCGUAUUCAUUGGCUCACGCAAUCUGUUCCAGUCCCGCGAGAACAACGCCAAGAUUUACUCUUGGCUGGCCUGGGUCACCUCAGCCGUUGUUGUGGAAAUCCCAUACGGCAUCGUGGCGGGCGCAAUUUACUUCAACUGCUGGUGGUGGGGGAUCUUUGGCACGCGUGCGUCUGGUUUCACCUCCGGCUUCUCGUUUCUGCUGAUUAUGGUGUUUGAGCUGUACUACAUCAGCUUUGGCCAGGCCAUUGCCUCAUUCGCGCCAAACGAGCUGAUGGCAAGCCUGCUGGUGCCCGUCUUCUUCCUGUUUGUUGUUAGUUUCUGUGGAGUUGUCGUGCCUCCGAGGCAGCUGCCGACGUUUUGGAGGAGCUGGAUGUACUGGCUCUCUCCCUUCCACUAUCUCCUCGAAGCCUUUCUCGGCGCCGCCAUUCACGGACACCCAGUUGAGUGUACUGACAGCGAGUUUGCCCGAUUCAGUGCUCCGCCUGGCCAGACGUGUGAAAACUAUACCGCUUCGUUCAUCAACCAGGCUGGCGGAUAUGUGCAGACAGCAGCAGACGGCUUGUGCGAAUUUUGCCAGUACGCAACGGGAGAUCAAUUUGGAUUAAGCUUCAGUGUCGAGUACAGCCACAUAUGGAGGGAUUUUGGCAUCUUCUGCGGCUUCAUUGCGUUUAAUUAUGGAAUUAUCUAUUUCUCAACCUGGUUGAAGUUUUCUGCAAAUAAUCCAUUCAAGAUUGUCACGAGAAAGCUAGGGAGGAAUGGCCACCGGGCAGAUUGA